GGAACAAACGUGAUGGUGUUGCAGCAGUAAAAAUAGAACCACAUGUACAAUCAAUAAACUACAGACCCGGGACCAAAGUCUGACCCGAGUGGGAAAUGAAUGCUCAGCUGCCUGAUACAGUGUUCGGUCUUCAUGGGAUACCUCAGGGGUCAAUAUGUGGCCCUCAGCCACUUCUACUUCACCCUCCUGCUGCUCUCGCACUGGCCCAAUGAAUUACAGUUAGGAUUUUCACAGGCAAGGACUCUAGCACGGACACAACCGGCUGUUAUUUACCCAGGCAUUCUUGAUAAGAUUACUGCUGUGUCUAAGAACACAGACCCACUACUCACUGCAGGACAGGAUCUCUCUCGUGCUCGUGUUCUCUCCGUCUCCGUUUCUACCCCUCUCCCCCCCUCCUUCUACGGUUAAAUGGACAAAGCUGGCAUCUCAGAGGCUGCGAGCCCCCUGGCUGGCACUGGUCAGGUCACCGAGGCAACGGCACCCAGUUCUCGGGUGUUUCGCUGCGGCUUUGUGCGACACUGGGUACCCUUGGCCUACAGAGAGGAGCUUUAUCAAGUUCUGCGACUAACAGGGCCUCUGCUCAUUACUCGGAUUUUAAGCUUCCUUCAGCCGUUCGUCAGCACCAUAUUUGUUGGUCACCUGGGGAAUGCUGAAUUGGCUGGAUAUGCGCUGGCUUCUGUGACCAUUAAUGUGACCACAGCAGCCACAGGAAGUGGUCUAGCCCUGACAUGUGACACACUGGUGUCCCAGACGUUCGGCAGUAAAAAUCUGAAGCGUGUUGGGGAGAUUAUGCAGAGGAGUAUCCUGAUCCUGCUGCUCUUCUGUCUGCCAUGCUGGGCCAUCCUCAUCAACUCCGAGUCCAUUCUGUUGCUCCUGCAGCAGGAAGCCGAGGUCGCCAGAAUUGCACAGUUGUAUGCGUUCGCAUUCCUGCCGGCAGUUCCUGCCUUUUUCUUGCACCAACUGCAGGUGGCUUACCUUCAGAACCAGGGGAUCAUUCUGCCCCAGAUGUACACAGCAGCUGUGGCCAAUGUAUUAAACGUAGCAAUCAAUUACAUACUCAUUUUCUGGAUGGGUUUGGGAGUAAAGGGCUCUGCUGCAGCCAAUUGUAUCUCACAGUUCUCCAUCGGUCUCCUGCUGUUCGGCUACAUACACUGGAAAAAACUGCAUAUCAGAACUUGGGGGGGCUGGUCCAUGGCCUCUCUGCAGGAAUGGGACUCCUUCAUGAAGCUUGCCAUACCCAGCACAUUAAUGCUCUGCUUUGAGUGGUGGAUCUAUGAAAUCGGAGGUUUCCUCGCAGGUAUGCUGGGAGAGGUGGACCUUGCGGCCCAACAUGUGCUGCUGGAGCUUGGAACUAUCACGUACAUGUUUCCUCUAGGUGUACAUGCAGCAGCGUGUGUACGCGUGGGCAAUGCUUUAGGGGCAGGAGACACACGUAGAGCUCUGAUCACCAGCAAAGUGGCCCUAUUCAUCUCAGGAGUAUUAGCAGUAUUCCAGGGGAUUGUGCUCGGGUCUACGAAAUCAGUGUUAGGCCGCAUCUUCACCAGCGAUGAGGCCAUUGUUAAGAUUGUGUCCGAAAAUAUGACCUUCUAUGUUUUCUUACAGUUUUUUGAUGCCCUUGUGUGUGUAAGCUCUGGGAUCCUUCUGGGCUCGGGGAAUCAGAAGAUAGCAGCCAUAUCCAACCUGAUCUCUUACUACUGUAUCGGACUUCCUUUGGGAAUAUCGCUGAUGUUUGCUGCCGAGCUGAGGAUUCUCGGUCUGACACUUGGCCUCUUGGUCUGCGUCCUCAUCCAAGCUUGCUUUUUCAUCACACUCAUCUUUAAACUUAAUUGGCAAAAACUGACAGAGAAGGCACAGAAACGUGCUGGAAAGAAUGGGAAAGUGAACUGUUUAGGACAGAAGGCACCUCUUAGUGUGUCAGUCAUGGACAACAUGAUUCCUGAAGGACCAGACAACCCUGAGCAAAUACCUGCUGGAGGAACUGUGGCACAUUCAGUAAACAAUUGCUCUAAAACAAGUGCCUACGCUCCAGUGAGCACCAAAGAACAGGGGAAACCCAUGAGUGCCCAGGAUGAAGUGGAAGACGGUGAGGCAGGGGAAGGCCGACACAAAGCCCUGCUCUCUGUCCCGCAGUUAGUGCUGAGGAGAGGACUGGCUGUACUGGCUGCAGUUUUGCUGUUGGCUGUCAGCGUUGCGGUUCACCUGACAUGCCCACCACCGCAGCCAUUUGUCCAAUUUAAGAGCAACCUCACUACGGACUGGGGGAACCACACCAGCCCUACUGCCUUCCCCAACUCUACAACUACUAACUACCUAACAGUGAGACCAAUCUGAAUUACAAUGCUUCAAAAACAUGAGCCACCAAAGCAAGCAGUGUGCUGAGGUAUUGCUGUGGUGUUAGUCCAGCCACCUCUUAGCAGGUUUAUCAAACACCAAACCAGUACUGAACCACUUUCUAACCUCGACAUUACUGUACAAAUGCAGGUUGAGAAACUGUUCAGUGAAACUGCUUAACCCUUAAACAUCGAAUGAAAGCAUUUCACACUCCAUUUCUCUAUGAGCAGAGGUCCACAGGAUGGGGGCAGUGCUUGAGUGGAGUCUCAUUCCGAGUCAAAUAACAUUGUAAUGAGGAAAAGAAACAAUUAUAUUUUCCCCAUGGUUUGAUUAAGAACAGAUUUCAUUCAAUCGUCUGCAAUAAACGCUUUAUCCUGGUCAGGGUCGUGGUGGAUCCUAUCCAAGACAGGUUGCUAGUCCAUCACAGAGACCUAUGCAUACACACAUUUACACUGUGGGGCAAUUUUGCAUAGCUAGUCCACCUACAGGCAGGUUUUUGGAGGUGGGAGGAAACUAGAGAGCCCAGUGGAAACCCAUGACAUGGGGAGAACAUGUAAAACUCCACACACAGACUAACCCAAGCUCAAGAUCGAACCAAGUACCCUGGAGUUAUUAAGCAGAACGGCUACCCACUGCACCAGUGUUCUGCCCCAAAACAGUUCUCAUGUGCUAUGAAAUGAUUGCUGAUCUAAUUUACAGUAUUAAUGUAACAGUUGUAAAUUACUAGUGAGGUUAUGCUUGAGGUAGUCUGUCAUUUUGUGUUUUUCAUGCUCAUAAAGUGGCAGAUCUUUUUAUGUGUUUGUAAAUGUUUCCAAUGUGACAGACUGUCUCAAGUGUAGUAUUACCAAAUUAUCAAUGAAAUUCAUUGAAUCCGUUUCCUUUACCCAGUUUUUACAUUAUAUUUUCAAAAAACAAGAGUGCAUGUGGAUCUAUUGUACUUUUGUUUUUUAGUCAGAGGUUUUUUUUUUUAAUGACAACACUGUACCACUAUACAUGUUAUAAUAUUCAUUUUGUUUAAUACUGACUUCAAUAAAGAUGUCAUUAAAAAAAGGGAUCAUUUGUGCAUAGGACAGCUUUAGCAAAAUGGAAGAGAAUAAUUCAGUUUCCUGAACUUCAAAAUUUAUCCAUUUAAUAAUUUCACAUCUAAUAAGCAUGUUAAUACCCUUUUUUGGAAUUACUCACAAUUUGGUAGAACCAUUCUUAUCAAAAUAGUAACACAUUUGAGAGGCUAUACAUUUUACAUACAUGAAGAAAAUCAUUCCUGCUAUCUACAGUGGUUUUUCAGCAUUUUGGCUAUUAUUUCCUUUUCCAGCUCACCAAAAAUGGCAGUAAACUUAUUACAGUUAUGUAACAACGUUAGAACUGCUUUUUAACAGCUCAAACAGAGGCUCUGCUUGGCAUGCUAAUGACCAUCUAUGAAAACAGAUCAGAAGUUAUAUUACUAAUGAGAUAACAGAUUGUACAAAUUGAAUUGAUUAAUCAAAAAUAUCAUUACCAACAAAAUCAAGGCAAAACGUAGCUUAAGCUUAAGAUACCCUAGACAGCAUAUAUUCUCUGUACCCAUUUCAAGUUUUCAUGAAAAACUGUCAAUUUUAAUAAGAUAGUAGAACCUAUUUGUAUUAUUUUAUAUUAUUUCUAGUCAUCAUGAGACAUCCUGAUAUAUUAAAUAUAAAGCUGACUGAACUAUCACAUUAACAGCACUGACACUCAUCAGUUCUGAUCUUGUGAUCAUCUUGAGAACACAUGAACAUGGCUUUGGUUUGAAUAAACACGUUUUCAUG